AAGCUCCAGACGUGGCCAUCCGUGCUUUUUUCCUUUUAACCCACAGGCGGUCCCCCCUUUGCCCGUGCCCCCAGCCGCUUUAUCUGGUGCUUGGGCUCACUGGUUUUCAUUCAAUUCUCGAUCUCUCGUUCUGACGGCAAUUGUCGUGCCCGUCUUCUACCCGUCUUCUACCCGUUUCCUUUGCACCGUUGCUCACUAAAAACAAAUUAAUCAUAAUUCUGAUAGUACCCUGCAGCCUAAGUUCCGUGCCCCGCCCCGGACUGUUUGUGACUUGGUGCCCUUGAUCUGUGAUAAUCUCCUCCUUUGUAUCGAUCAGACCAGUUCAUUGGUCGCCUCUCGGUCUAACCCCAUUUGCACAUACAUUGUCUCGCUCGGUGCCCCGCGUCCCCGACACUGACAGGAUGCCUUCCCUGGAGUCCCCCACCCAGAAUGAGGCCCGGCUGCUCCUCGUUUCCAAUCGCCUGCCAAUUACCAUCAAGCGGUCGGACGAUGGCCGAUAUGACUUUUCCAUGUCGUCCGGCGGCCUGGUCAGUGGCCUGAGCGGUUUGUCGAAAUCCACCACCUUCCAAUGGUACGGCUGGCCCGGCUUGGAGGUCCCGGAGGCGGAGAUUCCGGUUGUGAAGCAGCGCUUGAAGCAAGAGUACAAUGCUGUGCCGGUCUUCAUCGACGAUGAACUGGCAGAUCGCCACUAUAAUGGUUUCUCUAAUUCUAUUCUCUGGCCCCUUUUCCAUUACCAUCCCGGCGAGAUCACUUUUGAUGAGUCCGCCUGGGAGGCAUACAAAGAUGCCAACCGCCUCUUCGCCAAAGCCGUGGCAAAGGAGGUCAAGGAUGGUGACUUGAUCUGGGUUCACGAUUAUCACUUGAUGCUCCUUCCCGAGAUGCUGCGAGAGGAGAUUGGCAACAGUAAGGAAAAUGUGAAGAUUGGUUUUUUCCUCCACACUCCCUUUCCCAGUAGCGAGAUCUACAGAAUUCUUCCGGUGCGGAACGAGCUGUUGCUUGGUGUCCUUCACUGCGACUUGAUCGGAUUCCAUACGUACGACUACACCAGACACUUCUUGAGUGCUUGUUCGCGACUACUGGGCCUGACAACCACCCCUAAUGGCAUCGAAUUCCAGGGCAAGAUCAUUGCCUGUGGCGCUUUCCCCAUCGGUAUUGAUCCCGAGAAGUUCGAAGAGGGACUGAAGAAGGAAAAGGUUCAGAAACGGAUUGCGAUGCUGGAGCAGAAAUUCCAAGGUGUGAAGCUGAUGGUGGGCGUUGACCGCCUCGAUUACAUCAAGGGGGUCCCUCAGAAGUUGCAUGCCCUCGAGGUGUUCCUCAGUGAUCAUCCAGAGUGGGUUGGCAAAGUUGUCCUGGUGCAGGUUGCAGUUCCCAGUCGGCAAGAUGUGGAGGAGUAUCAGAACCUGAGGGCCGUUGUGAAUGAACUUGUGGGCCGGAUCAAUGGCAAAUUUGGCACUGUUGAGUUUAUGCCAAUCCAUUUCCUGCAUAAGUCGGUCAAUUUCGACGAGCUGAUUGCUCUGUAUGCGGUUUCCGAUGCUUGCAUCGUUUCCUCGACCCGUGACGGAAUGAACCUUGUUGCUUAUGAGUACAUCGCCACUCAGAAGAAGCGCAAUGGUGUCUUGGUACUCUCGGAGUUCGCCGGUGCCGCUCAGAGCCUUAACGGCAGUAUUAUCAUCAACCCAUGGAAUACCGAAGAGUUGGCGGGAGCCUAUCAGGAAGCCGUGACCAUGAGCGACGAGCAGAGAGCCCUCAACUUUUCCAAGCUGGAUAAAUACGUUAACAAAUAUACAAGUGCAUUCUGGGGACAGUCCUUUGUGACAGAACUGACCCGCAUUUCAGAGCAUUCAGCGGAGAAGUUCCACGCCAAAAAGGCUUCUUUCAGCUCAAACUCUGAGAACGGGGAACAUGCAAACGGCGUGGAAACUCCAGCUGAGGAACAAGUGGCGCAGUGAGCUUGGCGACGCUGCUUGCUAUGAAUUCUUUUCGACCAAUGAUCAAUUUAAAAUGGGAAUGCGUGAAUGAAUGGCUUAAGACGUUUAUUUUACUGGUAUACGAGCACACGGCGUGGCGAAGUAUGGUUUUUUCCAGCAGA